AUGCCGCUAGUCCAGAUUAUCGGUGUUACAUCCACGUUGAUGUCGUUUUGCAUGGCUCAUGGGUUCGUAAGCAACGAGAAACAGGAAAACUUCACAUGGGUUCUACAGAAGUUGAAACACUCAUUAGACAGUGUUAUGGAACCCCGUGUAAUAGUAAUGGAUAGAAAUCGCGCCCUAAUGAACGCAUGUGCAACCGUGUUUCCCAGGGCUAGACAUUCAUUGUGUAGGUGGCACAUACAGCAAAACAUCCUCAAACAUUGCUUGCAAAGCUUUAAAACAGAAGAAAGCUGGGAAAGGUUUCUUUACAAGAGGCGCAAGCUAAUUAACUCAAUGACCGAUCUUGACUACAACUACUGGUACGAGCGAAUACGAUCAAAGUUGACAAGCAAAAAAACCGAUGAGAUUAUGGACUAUUUGGAUUCAAUCUGGUUACAACCAUAUAGAGACCGGUUUGUUUCGUUCUGGAGCGACCAACAUCUGAACUUCAGUCAACGUACAACGAACAGGGCAGAGGGUCAACAUGCCCUUUUGAAGCAGCACCUAGGCGACUCUAACUACACCCUGGAUAAAGUGGUACCACUUAUAGAUAAGCUCAUAAGAAACAAGGUGACAGAAAUCAAAGGCAGCAUUGAAAUAAGCAGGAGCAGAACAUUGGGUCCACAUAACAAACCAAUAUUUAAUCUCCUACGAAAGAAGGUUUCACAUGCCUGCCUAGACUUGAUAUCCGCCGAAGUAAAUGAAAUAGAAAACUUAAAGUUAUCUAACGGUACAUGCGCGUGCCGUUUGUAUACAAGCUGCGGGUUGCUGUGCGCGUGUCGGUUGGAACCGUAUACAACGAAUGGUCAAAUGAUCCCGUUGGAGAUGAUAGACCCUUUCUGGAGAAAGUUAAAUUUGGACUCCAUACUGAAACCGAGCGAGGUGCUUCUGAAGAAAACUGAAUGUCAACCAAAGGAGAAUCGAAGCAGCCUGGCACGCGAGGAGGAUGAGGUUGUUGGUCCCUGUGAUGGUUAA